CGGGUUUUGGGAACAUGAGGAAGUAGGUAGCUGGCUGCUUGUUUGUUGACAGAAGUCGUGGCGAGUCCUCUGAUUCAUGAGUAACAGUAGUUUGUGACAGUAAUUUACUAAACUCGCAGAUUUAUACAUUACAUCAACGAGCAGCUGGAAAUCAUGAUCUGAGUGAUAACGCUCACUGCAUUGAAAUGGACAGUGACAGAGGUGGAAGAGGAAGAGGAGGAGGAAGAGGAAGGAGGAACCAUGGUGGAGAGGACAGAGAUGUCCGCCUGUCCAAAUCCAUGACUUAUGCUCUGCGUCAUGGAGCCGGCCAGAUGGGUCUUCAAAUGAGAGCAGAUGGCUUCUUAUUUGUGCAGGAGCUCUUGGCCCACCCGCAGUUUCGCUCUUACUCAUUGGAAGACAUCGAGAGAGUUGUGGUCACAGAUGACAAGCAGCGCUUCAAGCUGCGUUCGCACCCAGAGGAUGGACGGAUGGAGAUUCGAGCCAACCAGGGCCAUUCAGUCCAGGUGAGGGAUUUGGAGCUGAAAGCGGUCCUGCCUGGUUCUUCAGACUAUCCUGCUGAGGCCGUUCAUGGCUCCUACCUCAGCAAAUGGAGCUCGAUCCAGCAGCAGGGCCUGAGCCGCAUGAAGAGGACGCACAUCCACCUGGCAUCCGGACUCCCAGGGGAGGAUGGCGUCAUCAGUGGAAUGAGAACAAACUGUGAUCUUGCCGUGUUCAUCGACGUCCCAAAAGCUCUCGCUGAUGGUAUCGAGUUCUUCUGGUCAGAAAACGGCGUGUUGCUGACUGCAGGUGACGCAGAGGGAAAACUUCUCCCAAAAUACUUUAGCCGAGCCUUAAGACUGAGACCUACACGGAGCAUCCUUCCACUUCAGUAGCAGCAGCCUGCAUCUCCUCUAUGUAACCUGGGGGACACACACCUCAGGCUUCCUGGAAGACGGCUCCAACCAAGUCCGCCAGUGGGAGGAACCAAUGUUUUGAUUGAUUGCGUUAGGUGGGUUCAAAACAAUGGUGAUGAUUCUUACAACUAAUUAAACAAUGUAUCAAACUAUUACAAAGAAGAGUCAGUUAAGACUCUCCAUUAUAUCUGUACAGUAAAUACAAAGCAGCCGCUUAGCUUAGCAAAAAAACAGGUUUAUCCAGUUAGCCUUAUUCUGUCAAUAUUUAGUUAACAAAUUCAUCUUCACAACACCUUUAAAUAUCCCCACUUAACAUGUUAUAUAUUGUUCAUUAUUUUAUAAAAUGUAAAAUCACAACACAUAUUAAACUGCCCGGUUGUUCCCGUCUGUUUCCAGUGAACAUGCUCAAUUUACUUUAUAAAAGUGCUGUAGGAAAAGUGAGAGUUUAAAAAAAGGAAUAUGUAUAUAUAUUUUUUUUAUAGGUUGAUUUUUGAAUUGGUCCAAAUUUUCUUUUGAUUUAAAAAUGUAAGAAUAGUUGGAAAGAUCUGAUUAAAGCUUUGAUUAGUGGAACUUUA